UUUGGCGGGACGGCAUCACAGUUGUCGCCGCUUUUAUCAAAUUCAUCCUGUUUUUAAGUGAGUCUUGUGUUUUGCAGCAACCAUGGGGGAUAAAGGAGAUGCUGAAGCAUUCGACGAUGCGGUGGAGGAGCGCGUUAUAAACGAAGAAUACAAAAUAUGGAAGAAGAACACCCCAUUCUUGUACGACUUGGUCAUGACCCAUGCACUUGAAUGGCCCUCCUUGACCGCCCAGUGGCUGCCGGAUGUAACGCGUCCCGACGGUAAGGACCACUCGAUCCACCGCCUCAUCCUCGGUACACACACCUCGGACGAACAAAACCACCUGCUGAUUGCUAGCGUUCAGCUACCGAACGAGGACGCCCAGUUCGAUGCAAGCCACUAUGACAAUGAGAAAGGUGAGUUUGGGGGCUUUGGGUCUGUAUCAGGGAAGAUAGAGAUCGAGAUCAAAAUAAACCACGAAGGUGAGGUGAACAGGGCGCGGUACAUGCCGCAGAACCCCUGUGUGAUUGCCACCAAAACUCCGUCAAGUGACGUGCUGGUAUUCGACUACACGAAACAUCCGAGCAAGCCUGAUCCGAACGGCGAAUGCUUUCCUGAUCUGCGUCUGCGCGGUCACCAGAAAGAAGGUUACGGAUUGUCAUGGAACCCGAACUUGAACGGAUACCUCUUGUCCGCCAGCGACGAUCACACGAUCUGUUUAUGGGAUAUAAACGCCACACCAAAGGAUAACAGAAUUAUCGACGCCAAGACCAUAUUCACCGGCCACACAGCCGUUGUGGAAGACGUGGCGUGGCACUUGUUGCACGAGAGCCUCUUCGGUUCGGUCGCCGACGAUCAGAAACUUAUGAUAUGGGACACGCGUUGCAACAACACAAGCAAACCGUCGCACACUGUCGAUGCACACACCGCCGAAGUUAACUGUCUUAGCUUUAAUCCCUACUCGGAGUUUAUCCUGGCAACAGGUAGCGCAGACAAAACGGUGGCAUUGUGGGACUUGCGAAACCUGAAGUUAAAACUGCACAGCUUCGAAUCGCAUAAGGAUGAGAUCUUCCAGGUGCAGUGGUCACCACAUAACGAAACGAUUCUCGCCUCGUCUGGCACAGAUAGGAGGUUACACGUUUGGGAUUUAAGUAAGAUUGGUGAGGAACAGAGUCCAGAGGAUGCUGAGGACGGCCCACCGGAACUUUUGUUCAUUCACGGAGGACACACCGCCAAAAUUUCUGAUUUCAGUUGGAACCCGAACGAGCCGUGGGUGAUUUGCUCCGUAUCUGAAGAUAACAUAAUGCAAGUGUGGCAAAUGGCCGAGAACAUUUACAACGAUGAAGAGCCAGAACAGCAGGCCAGCGAUAUUGAAACGGCGGCAAGUUAAAUAAUGUCCCCACGAUCACGUUUCACAUUUAUUUUGUAAUUAUAUAAUUUAUUUAGUCGCUUUGUCCAAAUCCAAUGUCUGAAUUUGUUUAAUUGUAUAUGUGAUUUCCUUUUAAUUAGAAUGUAGUUUUUAUACCUCGUUUGUUCGUUACAAUGAGGCAUAAAAUAUUUUGCAGAGGAUGUUGUUAAAUUAAUUCUCCUGUAAUAACUGAAGUAUUUAAUCCUUGUUUGUUUUGUACAAUGAUGAAUAUUUUACUAUAUUCUUGGAAUAAUAAGUUUUUUAAUGAA